CUUUUUGUUGUCUAUAUAUACCUUUCCGCCAUCACCGCCGUUUCACUCAUCACAUCGAUUUGCGGUAUCAAGGACUCGCCAGUAUUCGCACAAGGGAAAGGAGAAUGGAAUAUAUCUUUAAACCCACGUAACACGGAGAAAGAGGAGGAUUUGAAGGAGCCUCUACUUGAUAAGCAGAGCACUAUCGAAAUUCUAGAGCGUUCAAGGGAAAGGGGAACUGCAUCUGAGCAGAUCAUUAUCUACAUUCCAGAUGACUUGGAACCUGACCCAGAUUAUACGUGUUGCAUCCAGAAGGUUCCGGAGAAGCUCCGAAGGAUAUGCCCAGAAGCUUACACUCCCCAGCUAGUAUCCAUUGGCCCUAUUCACUAUGGCAAGCCAAUCUUGAAGGCAAUGGAACUUUGCAAAGCCAAAUAUGAGGAAGCAUUCUGGAAUCGCGAUUUCUGUAAACAUAUUCAAGACGGAACGGAAUUUAUGAAAACAAAUGGUUGGCUAGCAAAGUUCCAGCGUAGUUAUGCGGUGACGAUUCAUUCUGUAGAUAGUCUCCACUUCCAGCGCAUGAUUUUGCGAGAUGCCUGCUUCAUCCUUGAGCUCUUCUUGAGAAACUGUGAAAUUCGGCUACAUAAUAUAAAUAUACCAAGUGAUGCUCGGUUCAAGCUGCAUCAGGAUAUCAAAGACCAUCAAAAGGACUCCAUAUUGAGAAGACCAUGGCUGAAGGCAGCUAUAAAACAGGAUUUGAUACUGCUGGAAAAUCAGCUCCCAUAUUUUGUUUUCACUGAUCUAUUAAACUCCAUCUUAAAGAACAAACCAGCUAAUACGUUUCUACCAAGUCUAAUUGCUGAUCAGGAAAGUGAAGGGCGUGAAGAUCUGGAUGCUUCCAUUAAAAAAAUUGCCUGUGAAUUCUUCAUUGAUUAUUACAAAUUUGGAAAACCUCCCGCCGCGGGUGCCGUUGCUGCCACCAUUGCUGAUGCCGACGUGGCAGCCAAGGGAACAUUCCUGGAUAUACAUCCUCGAAAUGUAGAUAUGAAAGAUAAGUCCAAGGAAAUAAUUAGCUGUGAUAAUUUCCGGAGUAUCAAACAUUUCACUGAUUUGGUUAGACGCUUUAUGCGUCCGGUGGCCUUGAAUAAUGAAAAUUUCAAAGGCAAUGGUGUCCACUGUCUCUACUCUGUAAAGCGGCUGGAUAGCGCGGGCGUGAACUUUGUGCGUUCUGAAAAUGAAAAUGCUACACUAACUGACAUAAAGCCAAAGGAUGAAGGCUGUUGUUGGUGGAAUGGCCGCUGUUGCUGUUAGAUACAAGGGUGCUGUAAAGUUAAGUGUUUGGAUGUGGAAGUCCCUGAAUUGAAAGUACAAGACGACACCGAAUGCAUUUUCAGAAACGUCAUGGCAUUGGAGCAGUUUGUUCAUCCGCGUGACCCUUAUAUCUGCAAUGAUGUUUUUCUGCUGGAUCAACUCAUCAGCACUGAAGAAGAUGUACAAUUUCUGGUUGACAAGAAAAUUGUUAGCAACAGGCUAGGGAGCAACAAGGAAGUGGUUGACAUGAUUAACAAACUCUGCGACCAAAUUAUAGUAGUAGAUUUCUUCUACAAUAAGCUCUGCGAAGAACUUAACACGCAUCAUGACACUGACUUGAACGUUUUCAGGGCAACCCUCAGCAGGGUUUUCUUCAAGGAUCUUUGGACAAAGUGUUCAACUGCUGUUGCGAUUGUUUUCCUUAUAUUCUCCAUCUUCUCUAUCAUUUCAACCAUCAAGGAUCUCUUCUUUUAA